AUGAGCAAACCAACAUGGACGUAUUACCACCAAAGGCGACAAUGGCAAUCCACGACAUGUCGAAGGCGUCGAGCACACCGUUCACAUUACAGCAACUCCAAUCGGCAUUCGAUCAGCAACAACUUGUUGACUAUCACGUUUAAUGAGCAAUACCGUACCUUUGUCCAACCUUUUAACUUUGAGCAGCAAUCGACGACUGGUGGACGUGUUUGA